AUGUUUGACCAGCUUCCAGACGACAUUGUCUUGGAGAUCGUCUGCCACCUGAGAACCGCCCGCGAUAUAGCCCACCUCGCGUCGUCGUGUAAGCACCUCCACUCUCUCCUUAGCGAGGAUGGUUGGCGCACCUUCGUCCGAACCUGCUUCCCCCUCCUAUCCCUCCCGCUGGGCAAGGCCCCGAAAUGGGAUAUCUUGGCAAACACCCUCACCCACCAGGCGCGGGCCUGGGACACAAAGGCUUUCCAGCCCGUCGCCUACACGGAUGACCACCGCCGGGACGGCAACUACUUCACCGGCUACACCAACGCCGGUCGUCCCUUUCAUCCUGUUAUCGACGCCCGUCUGACCUUCGACAACAGCUGGGAGGUCGUGUCAUGGGGCGCAGGCGAGGAUGUCGUCGGCCGCUUCAGGCCGCUCAACAGCGGCGGGCGUGGGGAGUCCGACGCCUGGUUCCGCAUGGUGGGCAAGAAUAAGGGCUACGAGGCGGGCGUGGGCGACGUUACGGCCAUCCGCCUCGUCGAGCCCGAGGGGAAGCUAGGUCUUCUCGUCGGCAGAGCCAACGGCGAUCUGCAGCUUGUGUCGGCGGCCCCGGGCAGCGCCGGCAGGACCCUUGCGAACUACAGCAUCCCCGCGCCCACGGGAGGUCUCGAGGCGACGACGUGGACGUCCAUCGGCUCCAUAGACACCCUGCCCAACCAGUCGUCAAUAAUUGCUGGUAACCGCGCCACCGUCAGCUUGUUCCCCUUGGACACUGCCGAAGGAACGGGCGAGACCGCCCUCCCACUGGACUCGCAGACCUUUGAGGUUCCUGGUCAGGGGGGCAAGACGCAGUUCGUCCACUCGGCCAAGGCGCUCAACAAUGACACCAUCGUCUGCGCGCUUUCCGGCGACGCCAACCCGAUCCGCUAUCUUACCAUCACUCCGUCGGGCUUCACCCCUUCCCUUGCAUCAAAGAACCCGUCCCUCCUAGCCUCCCGCGGCAUCGACCUGGACAAGAAACAGACCGUCCGCGCGAUCCACCCCAUCAACCCAGGCCCGGCGGGCCACUCUAACCUCCUUCUCAGCGCCUGGGACGACGGCACUAUCCGUCUCCUAGACGUCCGCACGCCAUCUCCUUACGACGUGCUCUACCGUGACAUGUAUCAGCCCUUUGAGACGCACUCGUCCCUGCUGGCCUACGGCUCGGACCGCUUCGUUGCGGGCAGCAACGAGCUCGAGGCCCUCAAGAUUUUCGACUUCCGUUGGAGCAAGACGUACCAUCACUCCGCGGCGCUGCCGUGCUGGUCCGGCACCCCGUUCCCGGACCCCCUGCGAGGGACUAGCAGUCGCCCGCUGAGCAUGCGAGGCGUGGGGUGCGACUACGCGAGGGGUCGGGACUGUGUGUGGCACGAGUACUCGCGUAGGGACUACUACCGACCCAACUACCGGUUCCACGUGAUGCCGUUCCGGGACGCGGCGCGGUCGUCGACGAGCCGCAUCUUCUCGUUAGCCAAGGCGUCGGACGUGUCAGAGUCUUUCUACGUCGGGCUCGCGGGCGCCGUGGCGGAGUUCUCUACAGCGCCCGGGUUUACUGAGCAACAGGAAGGGCAGCAGGAGGACGCUGUGGCCCCCGGGGUGGUUGCUGCGGCGGAGAAGAGGGGUUGGAGGGCAAGGGCCUCGCAGUUCAGCUUCGCGGAGACCGGGGACGGGCUGCUAGACCCCGGUGUGUCGAUGAGCACGUUUAUGCCGAGGCUGGUCCAGCGGUUCGGUGACGAGGUGGGCGCGCCGCAGUAUCAGAAAUGGUGGGCCAAGACCCCGCCCAAGACAGCGGCGUGGCAUCGAUGGGAUAGGAGCUUUUGGCGGCCGACGCACUUUACGUUCUGA